GACACGGGGAAGGUGCACAGUGUCACGCCUCUCAUAGAUCAUAAUGACUCCAGUCUGUGAUUGUGAACCAGUUUCCAUUUAACCCAGUGGAUCUCUUCGAAACCAGAAUGCCUAUUUUUAUAAACCAUCAGCCGGUCUUUCCAGUUUUUGAAGAAAGCGUGGGACACGUUUCAUAUCGUUGAGCUUGAACAAGCUUUUUUACGUCUGCGAAAUGCCAUCUAUUCAAGAUCGUGAGUAGUUCGUACUGAAAGGGUAUUCUUCCCGUUUACCAAGCCAGGUAACGAUUGAAAGAAUGAGAUACAUACAAAGUCACCUGACAGCAUGCCUGACUUCAGUCCAGUCACUCCGUCGAAUAAAGCGACUAGGUUCUCGCCUUCAUCACACCGCGCCAGGUUGCGGCGACAUGUUUUGCUUGACGGGAGACGCCUGAAAUGAAAGAGUUGUCGCGGUAGGGGCGGUAUAGCGGGGAAGCAAGGAACACAAGUCGACGAUCGAGAAACACACGUUUAUUCUCGGGCGACCACAUCGGCAUGGCGGGAUGUUACAGUAUAGUGUAUAGGCGUAUGAAGAGAUACUGCUACUGCUACAAGAGCAGGUUGUUCCUCCUCCUGGUAGGGCUCGCUGCUGUGGGCGUCACUGUAUGGAGUGUGAGGGAGGACAACAGGACUCUUCAUUCGGCUCUGUUGUCAAUAAAACAGCAUGGGCAAAGCGCACAGCUAAAAUACAAGUUCUUGGACUGGAGAAAAGAUCCUUCUGAGAAACUGCUUCACUUUGGAAGUAGAAAAAACAGGUUUACACAUCCGGAGAACCAACCCCCUGUCCAAGGCCAACCAAACGAAGCACUUCAACCUGCCCUGCCUCAAAUGAACCAGUUUGAACAUCAGAUGCAGAAGUUUAAUCCAGGUCAGCCUAAAGCAGUGCCCGACCAAGACAAGCCCAAUUGGGCACCUGCUGUGCCAAAUGAGCAGAACUUGUACCAUCGUCAACCGGAGGCAGGUCAAGACCAAAGGGAGUUUAAUGGGGCGCCUCAGCCCGCCCUGCCACAGGGGCAAAAUAAUAAUCCUGGCCAACCUAAUGCAGCUCCUAACAUGGGCCAGCUGAACAUGGAACCUCAACUCGCCCUGCCACAGGGGCAGAAUCGUAAUCCUGUUCAACCUAAUGUAGCUCCUAACAUGGGCCAGCUGAACAUGGAACCUCAACUCGCCCAGCCGCAGGGCAGAAUCGUAAUCCUGGUCAACCUAAUGCAGCUCCUAACAUGGGCCAGCUGA